GCCUGCAGAUCGUGCAACACAGGCGGCGGGAACCAAGAUCGGGUCUGUGUGUGUGCAACUCUGCAGUCUGGGGCUGUCGGGUGCCAAGACGAGAAAAACCACAUUUCCCACAAACCCUCGCGUGCCCUGCUCGCUGCGGUUGCUCCUGGCCAAUCGGGAGAGGCAGCUGUGGCGGGGGCCGAGGAGGGACAUUUUAAAAGGGCCGGGGAUUGCGGGCUUCAGUGGCCAUGGCGGAUACAGCGACUACAGCAUCGGCGGCGGCGGCUAGUGCUGCUAACACUGCGACCGAUACGCCUCCUUUUCAGCUGGGCAAACCACGCUUCCAGCAGACAUCCUUUUAUGGCCGCUUCAGGCACUUCCUGGAUAUCAUUGACCCUCGCACACUGUUUGUCACUGAGAGACGUCUCAGAGAGGCUGUGCAGCUGCUGGAGGACUACAAGCAUGGGACUCUGCACCCUGGGGUCACCAAUGAACAGCUCUGGAGUGCACAGAAAAUCAAGCAGGCUAUUCUACACCCGGACACCAAUGAGAAGAUCUUCAUGCCUUUUAGAAUGUCAGGUUACAUUCCUUUUGGGACGCCAAUUGUUGUGGGUCUUCUCCUGCCCAACCAGACUCUGGCAUCCACUGUCUUCUGGCAGUGGCUGAACCAGAGCCACAAUGCCUGUGUCAACUAUGCAAACCGCAAUGCUACCAAGCCUUCCCCGGCAUCCAAGUUCAUCCAGGGUUACCUGGGAGCUGUCAUCAGUGCCGUCUCCAUUGCCGUGGGCCUUAAUGUCCUGGUUCAGAAAGCCAACAAGUUCACCCCAGCCACCCGCCUUCUCGUCCAGAGAUUUGUGCCAUUCCCUGCUGUAGCCAGUGCCAAUAUCUGCAACGUGGUCCUGAUGCGGUACGGGGAGCUGGAGGAAGGGAUUGAUGUCCUGGAUGUUGAUGGCAACCUCGUGGGCUCCUCCAGGAUCGCAGCCAGACAUGCCCUGCUGGAGACAGCACUGACUCGAGUGGUCCUGCCUAUGCCCAUCCUGGUGCUCCCCCCGAUUGUCAUGUCCAUGCUGGAGAAGACGGCUCUCCUGCAGGCGCGCCCCCGGCUGCUCCUGCCCGUGCAAAGCCUCGUGUGCCUGGCAGCCUUCGGCUUGGCCCUGCCGCUGGCGAUCAGCCUCUUCCCACAGAUGUCAGAGAUUGAAACAUCUCAAUUAGAACCUGAAAUUGCCCGGGCCACGAGCAGCCGGACAGUGGUGUACAACAAGGGGCUGUGAAUGGUGGUCGGCUGGCCUGAGGACAGCACAUUGUCCAGGCCAGGGAGGAGUUGGGGGCAGGAAGGAGUUGCAGAGGCAACUGCAGGGAGGGGCAGGCUGGACACAAGGGGCCACAAGGCCUGGGCCACCUGGGCAGCACUCAACCCACAGUGGUAGGGAGACUAACCCAUUCACCUUUUAACAUAGGAAGGGGAGAGAGAUUCUGACACAUUUCCUGUACAAAAGCAUCAAGUGCAUUUCUGGGCCUUACAUGGGGUUGUCAAAACUCCACUCAGCACAAUUAUGUGUGAAGCUAAAAAACUAGGCGUGCCCAUGGGGUAGACACAGGAUUCUUUUAUACUUUUAUUUCUUUUUUUAAAUUUUUUUCUUCUUUUUAAAAAUCAGAAUCAAGUCUGAGCCUUGGUUGAAGCAGACCAGAAGUGACAGGUGCACAGGUGGCCUGGGAGAUGGGUAGGUGUGUCUGGUAGAUUUAGGAUAUUAGAGUGACCAGACCAGAGUGAAGAAGUGAAGGGAAGUGGUCUGCACCCCACAGGAUGAACUAGCCAUGACAGAAGUCCUCAGGAAUGGCUCAAAGGAAUCAAGCAGCCCUGGAAGACUCCAGAAGAUCCCAUGAGCCUCAGGCUCUGAACGUGGCCGGCCAUCAUCCAUGCCAUAGCUGCGGGACCAGCUCCUGAGUGGAGCACAGUGAUACGGGGCUGAGAUCUGCCUUCGUGGAGCUCUCACUGAUGUUAGGCCCCUUAGAGGACCUCCAGCUCCAAGAAGAGAGCCCAAGGAAAGAAUGAUGUUUGACAGGAACCAUGGGUCUGUGCUGGCCUCUGUGGGAAGAUCCUCCUUCAAGUGCGGGCUGCAGGCUGCAGGCUGGGCAUCAGGCUGAGGGUAGACUGGAGCUGGGCCGACUGCUGCCUGGAAAAUCAGCCAUGGAACCUGCCUGCCCCAUCCACCCCUUUCUGAGCAGGAGGGUCUCACACCUGAGGGUGCCAAGGCCAGAUCCCUAGGACCUAUCUGUGAGGCAGCAUCAAUCCAGGAAGGGUGGGCCCAGUUCUGGCACUAAUAGGCUAUUUGACCUUGGGCGAUCCACCCCCUUCUCUGAGCCUCCCCGCCCAGAAGCAGAAUACUGGAUCAAGGGUUUCCUACAACUUCCAGUUCAUCUUUACCUGUUCUGCUUGGAUGCUGCUCAUCUCAGCAUCAGCAUGGACACUAGCCUGUGAAAGGAGCAGGCCUGUUUGGGAUUGGCCAGCAGUUGGCCUCAGAACCCGGACCAUGCCCUUCUGUAUGUGAGCACUUGACCUUUGCCAAACGCUUCACUGUUCUGAAGGAGGAGGUGGCAUGGAUGCCUUUGCAUGAGCAUGGGCCCACAACUGAAUCCACCUCUCACCUCUGCAGGCUCAGAGUGCCCUUGCUGCUGGCUCUUCUCCCAUUUGCAGGCAAGGGAGGAAGAGAGCGAAGUGGGAGGCAGGGUGACUCCUCACCUGAAAAGCCCAAAAGGAGAAUCAUGGCCUCGAUGUACUCUGCACCUGACUCCCUCUAGGAUGGGCACUCUGAACAUGCAGCCCUGGGCCUCCCUCCCCUGGUGACCUUGAGAGAAAUCUAGGCUAGAGGUAAACACAUGUGUGUGGAGGGCAAGGGAUGUGUGAGCAGCAAGACGUGACCACAGGCAGUCUCUCCACAUCUUGGGGGACGUGUAGUUGUGGUGAGGUGGGUCUUCCAUGGGCACUGACACAUGCACGCUUGGUGGCUAGCAGCUGGUUCUGCAGGCUGUUGCCGUGAGGGUCCACCACACUCUGGAGGAGCAUCCAUCCCUGCUUAUCAGGGAGAGAAGAUGUAGAUCAGUAUGGAAGACAAAACAGCAGGGGAGAGGGGGCCACAGUGUUGGAGGGGCAGGUAUUUUGAGCCAAUCCCACCGUAAUAUGACUGUUCCAAUCACUGCUGGCUGUGCUGGUCUCUGGGCCUGGACUGGAAGCUGGGCAUGUCUGGGUCCUCUUUGAAAAGCUCACUUCAAGCUCACCCUGCCCUAUCUUGUCAUAGGGUCUUGUUCUUGUGCACUUUAUCUUGGGCCCAAACUGCACCCCUAUACUUACCUAUCCCUUCCAGAGGCCCAGCAGAGAUGGGGCUUUUGCACUCCCCCUCCAUGCUGAUUGCCCCAGCCCAGCCCCCUCACCCCAUGGCCUCAGCAUCUCAUAUCUGCUUUGUCUCUGGAUGAUUUUUUUUUUUAAUCAUGUUUUCAAAUGCAAUUCCAGGUGAGCUAAGGGGGCUGCUCUGCAGGAGGGUACACUGGAAAAGGAUCCUUAUAGCUCAGGGUGUUGGUGACAAGAGGUUCAAUGGGCCAUGCUGCUAAGCCCUGGUCUGGCUUUAGAAAUCCCCAUAAAGAGAAACUUGCUGCUAACACCCAUGCUCAUCUCUGCUGAGGGCAGAGGAGAGAGGUCUUGGGGCGGGGUGGGGGGUGG